AUGUCAAUGACGGAAAUUUAUUCAGAAAUAAUCCUCAUCACAGAUCUGUUUGAUGACAAGUCCGUGAAAUCGUUUUCUACUUGGUGUGGAACGGCCAAACUUAACUUUGUCAGUGUCGAACAACAGCGCAAGUAUCAAAAAAAUGAACAAAAGACAAGGCGUCGUUUGCUCUGGGUACUCAAGAAAGGAUACCGGGGAAAGGAGGAUGCAAGUACGAGACUUCGACUCUUGGAUUCGAUGGUGGAUAGACUGAUCAAAGAUUCUUCUGUGGACAUGGUGUUCGCGUCGUACUCUUCUACAUCCAAGCAACCAUUUGCAGACCGUGACAGAACCGAUCCCAUCCAUGUGCCAAAGACUUCGGGAAACACACAAGACCUGUUGCGACUUUUGUCUACCACCAGCAAGCCAAUCGCGAUUGUCGCAAUUGAUUUUGCCGGACUAACUACUAAUACAAAUGACUUAAUCCAGUGGCUUCGGGAUCACGAAAUUGUAAAGAUUGUGUUGAUUGACAACAUAGAGGCCCUCAAUCAAACUUACACUUUCACCAGAGAGCAGCUUCUUACAGAUAUAUUAGUGCUACAGCAAUUUGAUUCUCGCCCGGCUCCCAUUGAAAGAUCGUUAAAAUCAUGA